AUGUCAGAAAUGUCAGAAUAUUAUCACGGCUAUACAUCCAUUUGUUCUUACAUAAGAAAUCGUAACGAGACUUGUUCCUUUCACGAGUUCAUAGACCUUUACCAGGAAAUGAUUAUACAUUCCCCACCAAACACUGAUGACUGGAGUGGUUUAGAAACUGCAUGGGAAAUGAGAUUCCUAAGAAGCAAAUCCGUAAUCAAUAAUCACAUUUCCGGAAGUCUAAAAAUAUUGGACGCCACGGCUAAAUAUAAUACAAAUACGAUCGUUUCGAAAGUUUUGAAUCCUCGAGAAAUAGAUACGGAUGCUUCAUCACCAAAUGAACGUUUAAAGUCUGAUGAACAUUUCAUGCCUGUCCGUGAACCAAAGCGGAAAAAGCAGUCUAUUUCGAAAAAGAAUAAAGAAUCUAAGGAACAAGCUAACUCCAAGAUGGACGAGGUCGAUGUUUUUUUCCAAAGUCCCUCACAAACGGAAUGCAAUGACGAUGACAACUCUCGAAAGAUGAAUGUGUAUGAUUACGAAAAAUAUGAAAAAUCUUAUGCUAAAUUGGAUGAUUCCAAUAAGUGGGUACUCACAACCGCACAUAUUACAGCACCUGUGACUUGCAUGUCCGGCAAUAUCUGUUAUAGUGUAAAAAAAUAG